AUGCAGAGUGGAUAUAAAGCCAGGAUUUGCACAUCCAAAGAUCUUUGUGGAAUAUGGAGGAUUAACAAGGUACAUCUAGACCAUAAUCAUAAGACAAGCCCUUCGAAGUCUAGGCUAUAUCGAUACAACCGAGAGUUGAGUGCACAUGUUAAACGAAGACUUAAAGUGAAUGACAUGGCAGGAAUUCCAUUACAAAAGAGUUUCAACUCUGCAGUUGUUGAAGUGGGUGGGUAUGAGAAUUUGAGUUGCAUCAAGAAGGACUGUCGUAACUAUGUUGAAAAAGUUAGGUGUUUAAGACUUGGAAAAGGGGAUGCAUCAGCACUACAAUCAUACUUCUGUAAAAUGCAGGCACAGUGUUCGGGCUUUUACUUUAGUAUAGAUCUGGAUGACGAUUUACGUCUAAAGAAUGUUUUUUGGACAGACUAUAGGAGUAGGCAAGCAUUUAAGGAGUUUGGUGAUGUUAUCACAUUUGACACCACAUACCUCACUAAUAAGUACGAUAUGUCAUUUGCUCCUUUUGUUGGAGUGAACCACCAUGGACAGUCGACACUUCUUGGAUGUGGUCUAGUAUCGAAUGAGGAUACGGAGACAUUUGUUUGGCUCUUUCGAACCUGGCUGCAAUCUAUGCAUGGACAAGCUCCGCAUGGGAUAGUUACGGAUCAGGAUAGGGCUAUGCAAAAUGCAAUACAGAUUGUGUUUCCUAAUACAAAGAAUAGAUGGUGUUUGUGGCACAUAUUGAAGAAGUUGCCUGAGAAAUUUGGAUAUCAUGUGGAUAAAGGGUCUAUAUUCAGUACUAUACACAAUUUGGUCUACGAUUGUCAGUUUGUAGAAGAAUUCGAAAACGGCUGGAGAGUGAUGGUGGAAAGAUUUCACUUGUAUGAUAAUGAGUGGUUGGCGGGUUUGUACGAGAACAGAGAACGUUGGGUACCUUGCUAUCUAAAAAUCACAUUUUGGGCAGGGAUGUCAACUACUCAACGCAGUGAGAGUAUGCAUGCAUUCUUCGACGGUUAUAUACAUUCGAAGACGACAUUAAAGCAAUUUGUUGAACAAUAUGAACAAGCAUUGAGAAAUAAGGUUGAGAAGGAGUUUCAAGCAGACUUCAAGUCCUUCUCGCAAAUGGAACCGUGUGCAUCAAGAUAUGAAAUUGAGAAGCAAUUUCAAGCAGUUUACACAAUUUCAAAAUUUAAGGAAGUUCAAGAGGAGUUCACAGGUAAAAUGUACUGCAACCUUGUUUCUGUCUCCGAGGGAUUAUCGGGGGCAACGUACGAGGUACGGGAGGAUGUAAUACAUGAUGAGCAUUCGAAGAAAAAAAGCUUUUUCGUCUCAGUUGAAAGAGACAAAUGUGAAAUCACUUGUAGUUGCCACAAUUUCGAGUUUCGAGGGAUUAUUUGCAGACAUAUGAUCGUAGUACUGGCCCGUAAUGAUGUGAAAUCUAUACCUGAAAGAUAUAUACUACGGAGAUUGCGACGAGAUGUCAGUAGGGCCCACACAAGGGUACCAGUGAACUAUGAUGGUUUGAUUAGUACGCCAGGGCAAUUAAAGUACGACAAGAUGUGUCAACGCUUUGCGACAUUGGCAGAUUUGACAGCAGAAGAUGACGCGAAAUCUGAUGCAAUAAUUGAUUAG